UAUUCUCCUAAACUAGUGUCUGGUUAAAGAAAGACUAGCUCAGCCAUGUGAAUGUGUCUGUUGAACAGCUGAAGGGGGGAUUCAGCCUACAGAGAGAGAGAACGUGGAAUGUGUGCAUAUGAAAGGGGGAGCGAGGAGGAGGAGGAGGAGAGAGAGAGUGUGUGUGUGUGUGUGUGUGUGGAAAAAAAAGGAAGCAGAGGCUGUGAACGAAAAGCGAACUUAAUGAUUUCCUACCUUCCCGAACUAGACCUCUCAAUCUAACCGAUAUACUUUUCAACGCGCAAGAUAUCAAGGAGAUACACCACGACGAGGGGAAAAAAAGGGGGGAAACGAAGGCGAACCGUGUGUGUGUUUGUGUUUUGAAAAAAAAAAGGCUGCCUCGACGAUUUGUACGUGAUUACAUGAUCAAAGUGAGUGCAGGCCGUCUUUUGUUGAGGCAAAGAGUGGCGGUUUUCCUGUGUAACAGCUAAAAGGAUAAACGUGUAUGUGCCGGAUUUGUUUCAGCCCUCUGGUUUCUUGGACUUGGCCCAGCACACGGAGUUCAUUCUGCAUGGUUGUCCUUGGCGAGGAUUUGGGUUUUUGAAGUUGCUUUGGAAGUCUAGAGUCAUCAGACUGGCGGCUUUUCUGGAACACUGGGGCUGUUGGUGUGGCUGAAUUUUCCCUGGAUUUGAUUGGUCAAUUCAGAAGACUGAAGCCCAGGCUGACAGUCUACCUUUCACGGAGGCCCAGCCGUGAGAGGACUGAGGAAGGCACGUGGCGAAUCAUGACCGCGGACAAAGACAAGCCAGACAGAGAGAAGGACAGGGACAGAGACCGAGACAGGGAGAGGGACAGAGAGAGGGACAGAGACCGGGACAAGAGGGACAAAGCGUCCAGGGAGAGCGAGAGCUCACGACCGCGCCGCAGCUGCACGUUGGAGGGCGGAGCUAAGAACUACGCCGAGAGCGAGGACGAGGAUAACGAGAACAGGGGAGGGGCCGGGGCAGUAGGCGGGAUCAACAUGGGGAUGGGGGAGGAGUCAGGGAAGAAGGGAAAGAAGAAGAUGAUCAAGAAGAAGUCGAGGUAUGAACGGAUGGAGAACGGGGAGAUCACUUCCUUCAUUACUGAAGACGACGUUGUUUACAGACCUGGCGAUUGUGUAUAUAUGGAGAGCCGCAGGCCCAACACUCCCUAUUUCAUAUGUAGCAUUCAGGAUUUUAAACUGAGUAAACGAGACCAUCUGUUACUCAGUGUUAAAUGGUACUACCGUCAGUCAGAGGUCCCUGACUCAGUCUACCAACACCUGGUGCAGGAUCGCAACAAUGAGAACGAUUCUGGCCGGGAGCUGGUCAUCACAGACCCAGUGGUCAGGGGCAGAGAACUCUUCAUCUCCGACUAUGUGGACACAUACCAUGCUGCUGCCCUCAGGGGGAAGUGUAACAUUGCCCAUUUCUCAGACAUCUUCGCUGCCAGGGAGUUCAAAGCUCGCAUCGACUCCUUUUUCUACAUCCUGGGAUACAACCCAGAGACCAGGCGGCUAAACAGCACACAGGGGGAGAUCAGAGUGGGGCCCAGUCACCAGGCCAAGCUUCCUGAGUUGCAGCCCUUCCCCUCCGAGGCCCCGGGGGUCCUGACUCAGGCUGUAACAGAGAAUGAGGAGCUAGUGUGGAUGCCAGGGGUCAACGACUGUGACCUGCUCAUGUACCUCAGGGCUGCAAGGAGCAUGGCGGCCUUCGCUGGGAUGUGUGACGGAGGUUCUACAGAGGACGGUUGCCUAGCAGCCUCGCGAGACGACACCACACUCAACGCACUCAACACGCUCCACGAGAGCUGUUACGAUGCAGGCAAGGCCCUACAGCGCCUGGUCAAGAAGCCCGUUCCCAAACUCAUAGAGAAGUGCUGGUCAGAGGACGAAGUGAAGCGGUUCACUAAAGGGCUCCGACAGUACGGCAAGAACUUCUUCAAGAUUCGGAAAGAGCUGCUACCCAACAAGGAAACGGGUGAGUUGAUAACCUUCUACUACUACUGGAAGAAGACUCCUGAGGCGGCGUCGUCCAGGGCCCACCGUAGACACCGUCGUCAGCCUGUGUUCCGACGCAUCAAGACACGCACCGCCUCCACCCCUGUCAACAUCCCGUCUAGACCCCCCUCCUCAGAGUUCUUGGACCUGAGUUCAGCCAAUGAAGAUGACCUGGACAGUGAAGACAGUGAGCAGGAGCUGAAGGGUUACGCCUGUCGACACUGUUUCACCACCACCUCUAAGGACUGGCACCACGGGGGCAGAGAGAACAUCUUGUUGUGUACAGACUGUCGUAUCCACUUCAAGAAGUACGGCGAGCUGCCCCCCAUCGAGAAGCCAGUGGACCCGCCUCCGUUUAUGUUCAAACCCGUCAAAGAGGAUGAGGAUGGACUCAGCGGGAAGCAUAGCAUGAAGACCCGACGCAACAGAGGAUCGAUGUCGACGCUCCGUAGUGGCCGGAAGAAGCAGACAGCCAGCCCUGAUGGACGAGUGUCUCCAACCAAUGAGGACCUCCGGUCUAGUGGCCGUACCUCCCCCUCCGCAGCCUCCACAGACAGCACUGACAGCAAGACAGACCCCAUGAAGAAACCCAGCAAGAAGAUCAAGGAGGAGUCUCCUAUGAAGUGUGCCAAACGCCAACGAGAGAAAGGAGGAGCCUCAGACACCGAGGACACAGACAACAGGACAAUCGCAAAAAAGUCCAAGACCCAGGAGCUGGGUCGGUCCGACUCGCCGUCAGAAUGCGAGGGCGAGGGCGAGAGCUCAGACGGGCACAGCGUCAACGAGGAGUGUAGCAGUGACGCUAAAGACAUUGACCAGGAUAACCGUAGCUCCUCGCCCUCCAUCCCCAGCCCCCGAGACGGGGAGAGUGACUCGGACUCCUCCGCCCAGCAGCAGCUGCUCCUACUGCAGAGGAGGGAGAGAGAGAGAGAUAGGGAGGGACAGUCGCAGCACCCUCCGGUUAUCCAGUCCUGUCAGCCAGGGACCUCCGGUGGUCGCUCCGCCACCCCGCCAAUACCUCCCACGUCCUCCACAGCCCCCACACUGGUCCCCCAGGUGUCCUCUCCCUCCGCACCCCCCCACUUUCCUUCCAAUGCCGCUACCGCCUCCCAUGCCCCAACAGGCCGGCCCCCUCUCUCUCAACCAAUCAGGGGUGUCCAUCCACCCCCAGAGGCGACCCUCUCCUUCGCCUCAUUCUCCGCUGCAGGGGAUGUCUCAGGCUCCACCCCCCUGGACCUCAGGCUCCACCCCCAGGACCCCAGUCGCUACCUAGCACGCUCCACGGCCCACAGCCCCACCCAUUAUCCAUUCCCCACCCACUUCAGGUUGGCCCCUCCCACCUGCCUCACCCCCACUCCCUCCCUCCCCAGUCUCAGGUCCCGCCCUCCCCACUGCCUCUCGGCCAAUUGCAGCAACUGCCCCACAGGGUCCACACGCCUCCCAGCCAAUCGUUGUCCCAGGGUGGAUCGUCCAAUCAACUGCCCCGUGAGCAGCUCCUACCCCAUGCCUCCUCCAUGUCCAUGCCCCACAUCAAGCCCCCUCCCACCACCCCCAUCCCCCACAUGCCCAACCGCGACCCCCAGUCUCACAAACACGGCCCUCCACAUCUAUCGGCGCCCCCUUCCCCCAGAUGCCCUCCAACCUGCCCCCUCCGCCCGCCCUCAAACCCCUCUCCUCCCUGUCCACCCACCACCCUCCCCCAGCCCACCCUCCUCCCCUCCAGCUCAGCCUCAGGGCCCUGGCCAGCAGCUCCAGCCCCCACCAGCCCAGCCCCUGUCCUCACCCAGUCCCAGAAUCUCCCCUUUCAGAGAGAGAGAGGCAACCAGCACCCCCUCCUCUACCUCUCUCCGGACCAUUGCAAUCCUCCCACCCCAACACACCCCAACAGCCCCCGUUCCCUCCUCACCCCUUCAACCCUGUCCUGCCCCCUCCUCCGCUGGCUGCCCUCUCUCGUCCUCGUCUCUACCACCAGGCCUCCAGCCUCCCUCCUCCUCGUCUCUACCACCAGGCCUCCAGCCCCCCUCUUCCUUCUCCAUGCCCAUCACCGUCCCCGUCGGCUCCGCCUGCCCAGGUCCUGCCGUCCCGCCUGUACACAUCAAGGAGGAACCUCUUGACGAAUCAGAGGAGCCCGAGAGCCCUCCGCCCCCUCCUCGGAGCCCCUCCCCCGAGCCUACCAUCGUCAACACGCCCAGCCAUGCCAGCCAAUCAGCACGGUUCUACAAGCACCUGGACCGCGGGUACAACACGUGUGCUAGAACAGACUUCUACUUUACUCCUCUGGCUGCUUCUAAACUGGCCAAGAAGAGAGAAGAGGCGCUGGAACGGGUCAAGAGGGAGGCCGAGCAGAAAGCCCGGGAGGAGAAGGAGAGGGAGAAGGAACGAGAGAGGGAACGGGAAAGAGAGAAGGAACAGGAGAGAGCUGCGAAAGCCUCCAGUUCGUGUCAUGACGGUCGUAUGGGUGACCCCCAAAUGGGUGGCUCCGCCCACAUGCGUCCUCCCUUCGACGGCCCCCCUACCUCCAUCGCCGCGGUUCCCCCCUACAUCGGGCCCGACACGCCCGCCCUUCGCACACUCAGCGAGUACGCCCGCCCCCACGUCAUGUCCCCGACCAAUAGGAACCACCCCUUCUUCGUCUCCCUCAACCCCAACGACCCCCUGAUGGCCUAUCACAUGCCUGGCCUCUACAACGCCGACCCGGGCAUGCGGGAGCGCGAGCUGCGAGAGCGGGAGAUGAGGGAGAGAGAGAUGAGGGAGAGGGAGCUGAGAGAGAGGAUGAAGCCUGGGUUCGAACACAAACCCCCGGAGCUAGAAGGCAUGCACCCCUCUGCUAACCCCAUGGAACACUUUGCCCGACACGGGGCCAUCUCCUUACCAUCCAUGGCGGGACCGCACCCCUUCGCCUCCUUCCACCCAGGUCUCAACCCCUUGGAGAGGGAGCGUUUGGCGUUGGCCGCGGGACCCCAGCUCAGACCAGACAUGAGCUACCCGGAGCGGCUGGCGGCGGAGAGGCUGCACGCCGAGAGGAUGGCGGCGGUGGCCAACGACCCUAUCGCCAGGCUUCAGAUGUUCAACAUCACGCCUCAUCACCACCAGCACUCCCACAUCCACUCACACCUGCACCUUCACCAGCAGGACUCCCUGCACCAAGGCGGUGGUGAAUGUCUUGUGUGCCCUCCAGGUUCGGGGGGGCACCCCCUCGUAGACCCCCUGGCAGGAGGCCCCCACCUCGCCCGCUUCCCCUACCCGCACGGCGCAAUCCCCAACUCCCUCCUGGGACAGAACCCACACGAACAUGAGAUGCUGCGACACCCCGUCUUCGGUAAGAACGUCAACCAACAACAUGUGCCGAGCCGUACUGAGCCGAGCCAAGCUGUACUGAGCCGAGCCAAGCUGUACUGA